ACAGAAGUAUCAUUUAACUUACCUUUUAUAUUCAUAGCUGGUUAUGCUAUAAAUCUAAGGCAAAAUGUUACAGUUUGUGAUGUUGUUGCUGCUGCUGCCAAACAGUUUGGAUGCUCAUUUCCCCAAACCAUGCACAACGGAUGAAGCCCUCAACACCAAGACCUGCUGCCCAGAAUGGGAAGGCUCUCCUUGUGGGGUGCGAGCAGGGCGAGGCGAAUGUGAUUCAUACAGAACAAUUCAAACUACUGACUAUAUAGACUACCGUGAGCAAUGGCCCUUUCAUUUCUACCAUAGCCUCUGCAGGUGCCAUGGCAAUUUCGAUGGGUUUGACUGUGGCCUGUGUAAACAUGGAUUUAAAGGCCAUCAUUGUAACAUUACUCACACGACUGAAAGAAAAGAGAUCCACAGCUUGACAGAAGAGGAGAAAACAAAGUUCUUCAAAUACCUAGAGUAUUCAAAAACAAAUAUUAGUAGUAAAUACUCCAUUCUCACAAGCAAUGAUACCUCCAUAAAUAGCACAUUGAAGUUUAUUAAUGCCUCUCUGUAUGACGUAUACAUCUGGAUGCAUUAUUAUGCCGCCAAGCCUCUCAAAGGGACAGGGAGGAACGUUGCACAUGAAGGUCCGGCUUUCCCCUUCUGGCACCGAAUGUUCUUGCUUUUCUUUGAGCGAGAAGUGAGAGAGAUGACUAGCGAUGAUAGCUUUUUUAUUCCUUACUGGAACUGGACCAAAACAGAUCACUGUGAUAUCUGCAACAAUGAUUAUUUUGGAGAGAGUAAUGCAACAGGAUUAAUCAGUCCUCAGUCCCAAUUUUCUAAGUGGAAGCCCAUCUGCGAUAAGGAUAAUAAUUCUCUGGGAAUCAUCUGCAUACAGGAUUUAGAGGAAAGUUCUAUUUUACGAAACCCUGGUGGAGACCCAACUUGUAAUACUCUACCCACAUCUGGUGAUGUACAGAAAACAAUUGAAGUCUUAAAUUAUGACGUGAGAGAAUAUAACAAAAGUGUAAAACACAGCUUCAGAAACACUCUUGAAGGGUUUGAUGUUCCCCAGGACUUCAGACAGCUGAAUUCUGCUAUGCAUAACUUGGUGCACAACUAUUUCAAUGGAACCAUGUGUGACGUUCCAACCGCUGUAAAUGAUCCUAUCUUCAUGGUACAUCACAGCUUUGUCGACAAGAUUUUAGAAGAGUGGAUGGAUGCCCAUCCAGAUGCUACAUACCCAGAAAACAGCGAUACCAUUCCUGAGGGACAGAAGGCUGAUGAUUUCAUGGUCCCUUUCUUCCCUCUAGUUAAGAAUAAAUACUUCAUGAAUCACAGCAUAGUCUUUGGAUAUAGGUAUGCAGAUGAUUAGCAAAGUUGGGGUCAAUUCCUUUUUUUCAAUUUCAAUAAUUGUACUGUUCAUAUUAUCAGGUAACUGUGAGCUGUGAACAAUAAAUUUGCAACCGUUAGCCUGAGUAUAGUUUUUUAGUAGUACUCUAUUGUGCCUUAUUAUUACCUGUUUUUCUCAAUCAUUUUCACUAAAAACAGUAUAUGCAGUUGCUAAGUUUUCCGCUGUGUCUUGUUAUUAUUGAUUAAUAUGACAAGAGUCCUCCGGUAUUGCCAAAGCUUUUACAAUUAAGAGAACAGAAAUGAUAAAACAAAUAUACAUUCAUACAGUAAGUCUAUUUUAAUCAUAUGUGUCGUGUCAGUCCUGAACUAAUAAAAUACUGUACACAUGGACUUCAAAUUGGAUUGCUGUUGAAUCAUUUUCCUUGUAGAAUCUGUCCAAACAAUUCCAAUCUAGGUUAAAUAUAUAGUAGACUUUUAAACCUUUCCUGAAAAAUAUAUUGAUUUCCUCAUUAAAUGGGAGUUGGCUUUCUUUUAAUUA